ACAUGGCGUACAUGAUGCCUGUCCUCAUGUGACUAUGUCAUGUCCUUCGAUCACUCUGGAGAGCGGUGAGACUGUAGAAUUGAUCCCGAAACCGAUGCAACCCGAUUUGGACUGGUUAAAAGCCAACCUCCCAGCAGGCCUGCCAAUUUCUGAUGAUGUCCGGCUUUACUUUUGCAGCGAACCAGCAUGCCUCUCAAACCCUUGUCUUCAUGGAGACACUUGCGAGGAGACGGACACAGGAUUUACUUGUCUCUGUCUAGAGCGCCACCGUGGUGAAAGGUGUGAAGAAGAUGUAACCAUCAAUUCGUUAAAGCUUCUUGGUGAAAAGAAAAAUGAAGGAACGCUUGCCUUGACAUCCCGCUCCAGUCCUAACACGUACGUGCUGGUGAAUCAAGAUCAUUGGAACAAGAACUUAUCCCAAUUUGCAUGUCAAUAUCUAGGGUUUGAAGGAGUAUUUGCGACAGUGAGCGGUCCACUGUACGAGUCCCCGUCCGUCGAUGUUCCUGCUGAAGCCGAAUCAGUGGUAUGUCCUGCAAAUGCCACAAACAUCACCGACUGCUGGUACAGUGAGAUUAAAGUGGGACAUAUAAACGCGAGUGAAAUUAUUUCCAUUGUGUGUUGUCCCGUAAACCCGUGUAAUAUAUCUGGUCCACCUCUCGGUCUUGAAAGUGGUGCUCUUCCCGAUUCGGCUUUCUCUGAAUCAUCCUGCCACUUGGCGCAUUGCAGUCGUGGUGGCCGCCUGAACUCUAAGUCAGCCUGGCUCCCAGACUCGACCGACCCAUCCCCUUGGAUGCAGGUUCAAUUUGAGUCUAGUUAUAUCGUAACGGCCAUAACGACUCAGGGUAAAGUAAACUACGAUGAUUGGGUGACGUCAUACACUUUUUCGUCUAGUUUUAACAACACGUCUUGGACUGAUUAUUUGAACGUAUACUCUGGAUCAAUCAAGAUAUUUCCGGGAAAUUACGACCAUGAUAGCCAUGUGACUCACACGCUUGCUAGGCCGAUAGUUGGACGCUCUUUUCGGAUCUAUCCAAAGACCUAUCACGUUUACUUUUCUUUGAGGAUGGAACUAUAUGGGUAUGGACCUCUAACUGAUGCUAUAGCGUCGCUGAACCUCGAUGCGAAACUUGGUUGCACUCCUCCUGUCCUCGGCGAGGGGCUCGGCGUGGAAGAUGGUCGGAUACCAGACUCUAGUCUGACCUCGUCAUCGUUCUUUCAUUCCACCCAUGAAGCUUACAGAGGAAGGCUGAAUGAAGUUUUCGUUACAGAAGUAUCCGCCGGUGCGUGGAUCCCCGCCCCUGGUGACAACACUAAGUGGAUAAAGGUUGAUCUCGGCAAGGAUACUUUGGUAACUGGUGUUAUCACACAGGGAAGGUCCAUAUUUAUCCAAAGGAUGACGUCAUUCCAAAUCUCCUACUCAAGGGAUAACACAAAUUGGACCUUUACUCUGGAAGAGCAGUGUGGAGUACGACAAACAUAUGCAGGAAAUUAUGAUGCUGCCUCAACUGUGACCAUAGUGUUUCCUGAGCCAGUAACCACACGGUACGUCAGGUUUCACCCUGUAACAUUAAUUGGACCUGGGGCUUUGAGAUUCGAAGUACUUGGUAUUAACAAUUGA